AAGAAAUAAAAUGGAGAGCGCGAGACGAAGCACAUCGCCAUGCGAGCAUCAAGCAAUCUCCAAAGAGAUGAGCCAUGUACACGAGCUCACGAGUCAGCUCCACGCAAUUUUGCUAGCUCUCUCUCCAACCGAUCCGUCCUCCUCCGAUCAGCGCGUCAGCAACCUCUUUGAUGAUGUUUUCGGAGCUUUGAACCUCGCUCUCUCCAUGCUCCCCACUUGUUCCCUCUGUGGUCUUGACGGAGACGAUGGCCAUGGGAGAAGCAAGAAGUUUGAUUCAUGGACAGUUCUGACCACUGUUCCUCAUAAUGAUGGCUACCAAUGGAGAAAGUAUGGGCAGAAGGGAAUUGCCGGUCGCAGAUUUCAAAGGUGCUACUACAGAUGUGCACAUUACAAAGACCAAGGCUGUUCAGCAACAAAAACAGUACAACAAAAGGAUGACGGUGAUCAGAAUCCUCCAAAAUAUGAAGUAACUUAUAACAUGCAACAUAAAUGCAACAGUACUGAAGGGACAAGCUUAGCUUCUAACAAUGUGGGCUCUUCUUCUUCAUCAUCGUCAUCAUGCAAAGAAAUCUUGCAGCCUGAGAAAGAAAGAGAUGACGACCCUCUCGGUGUUUUUACAGAACUCGAGCUAGAAGACCUCUUUUGUACAUAUACUCAGCCAAUGGAUCAGGUGGUACAAAACAUAUUGUCACUUGAGGAUUUCAGUAUGGAUAUUUGGAAUCAUAAUUGUGAUGCACCUCUUGCUCAAAAUGAAGUGCCAAAGUCUCCUUGAAGUUUCAUGACUAGUGGGAGUUGUUGAACUUGGGUUUCCCUGCUACUGUGUCAAAGGUGUAUUACAUCUAAACACUAAAGUUUUAAUGAGGGAUGAGGGUUAUAGUUUUAUGCUCUAAUAUGUCCCCGCAAUUUGAAUAUCAUUUUUAUGGGCUAAACCCUAGUUGAACUCACGAAAUAUGAAAUUUUCAAAAUGUACUUUAAGUUCAUGGCCAGUUGGAAUUGGAUCUAGUUUGUCAUGAUGUCGUGUGAAA